CUGUCUUGCUUAUUUGAUUUUCGUUUCUCCCACUAACAAACUCUCACCUCCCUUUCCGGUAAAACAAAAAUAAGAUCUUUGUUUCUUUUUGGAAUGAAAAUGUAAACAAACAAAAAAAAAAACAAAAAACAAAUUUGACGAAGACAACAUAAAACGUUAAAGAUUGAGGAAGACAGAAGAUUUGCUAUGGGGAGAAGCAUAAAGAUCGGAGGAUGAAACCCUCUUUAAUGGAUAGUCUACUAGGUCUCCUCCGUAUUCGCAUCAAACGCGGCGUCAAUCUCGCAGUCCGCGAUCUCAACAGUAGUGAUCCUUACGUCGUCGUCAAAAUGGGAAAACAGAAAAUGAAGACUCGAGUUAUUUACAAAGAUGUAAAUCCUGAGUGGAAUGAAGAUUUAACUCUCUCAGUUUCAGAUCCCAAUCUUACCGUCCUCUUGACGGUGUAUGAUUACGACACGUUCACCAAAGACGACAAGAUGGGAGAUGCAGAAUUCGUGAUAAAGCCGUUUGUUAAUGCAUUGAAGAUGCACUUACAUGAUCUCCCAUCUGGGACCAUUGUGACCACGGUCCAGCCUAGCCGAAACAAUUGCCUAGCCGAGGAGUCUCGGGUUAUAUGGUCUGACGGUAAGCUUGUUCAAGAUAUAGUUCUUAGACUAAGACAUGUCGAGUGCGGUGAGGUUGAAGCUCAACUUCAAUGGAUUGAUCUUCCCGGAUCUAAGGAGGAAGAGAGAGAUAUCCAAAAAAGCUACUGGAUGGAGCAUUCUAGUGAUUUGACUGUUGAAGCUAUGAUGCUUGACUCCAAAGCUUCUGAUCUCGACAAAGAAGAACGUCCUGAGGUACUCUCUUUAAUCCCACCAUAUGAAGGGAAAUCUGUGCUUGAACUUGGAGCUGGUAUUGGUCGUUUCACUGGUGAAUUAGCUCAAAAGGCUGGUGAAGUUAUUGCCCUUGACUUUAUCGAAAGCGCGAUUAAGAAGAAUGAAAGUGUUAAUGGGCAUUACAAGAACAUCAAGUUUAUGUGUGCUGAUGUAACAUCUCCAGACCUGAAAAUCGCAGAUGGAUCUAUUGACUUGAUUUUUUCAAACUGGUUGCUUAUGUAUCUCUCUGAUAAAGAGGUGGAACUAAUGGCAGAGAGAAUGAUUGGAUGGAUAAAGCCAGGGGGAUACAUUUUCUUCAGAGAAUCUUGCUUCCAUCAAUCUGGGGACAGCAAGCGAAAGUCAAACCCCACCCACUACCGUGAACCCAGAUUCUAUACAAAGGUUUUCAAAGAAUGCCAGACACGUGAUGCUUCUGGCAAUUCAUAUGAGCUCUCCAUGGUUGGUUGCAAAUGCAUUGGGGCUUAUGUGAAGAACAAGAAGAAUCAAAAUCAGAUUUGCUGGAUUUGGCAAAAAGUCAGCUUGGAGAAUGACAAGGACUUCCAGCGUUUCUUGGACAAUGUUCAAUACAAGUCCAGUGGGAUCUUGCGCUAUGAGCGCGUCUUUGGGGAAGGAUAUGUGAGCACUGGUGGAUUUGAGACAACUAAAGAAUUUGUGGCGAAGAUGGAUCUUAAACCCGGACAGAAAGUCCUGGAUGUUGGUUGUGGUAUUGGUGGAGGUGACUUCUACAUGGCUGAGAAUUUCGAUGUUCAUGUUGUCGGAAUCGAUCUAUCGGUCAACAUGAUCUCUUUCGCUCUGGAGCGUGCCAUUGGACUCAAAUGCGCAGUUGAGUUUGAAGUCGCGGAUUGCACCACAAAAACUUAUCCUGAUAAUUCCUUCGAUGUCAUUUACAGCCGUGACACUAUACUGCACAUCCAAGACAAGCCAGCUCUAUUCAGGGCAUUCUUCAAGUGGCUUAAACCAGGCGGUAAAGUUCUCAUCACCGACUAUUGCAGAAGUGCUGAAACUCCGUCUCCUGAUUUCGCAGAGUACAUAAAACAAAGAGGAUAUGAUCUCCAUGAUGUUCAAGCUUACGGACAGAUGCUGAAAGACGCAGGCUUUGAGGAUGUGAUCGCUGAGGACCGUACUGAUCAGUUUGUACAAGUCCUCAGGCGUGAAUUAGAAAAAGUGGAGAAAGAAAAGGAAGAAUUCAUCAGCGACUUCUCAGAAGAGGAUUACAAUGACAUUGUUGGAGGAUGGGCAGCAAAACUUGAAAGGACUGCAUCUGGUGAACAGAAAUGGGGAUUAUUCAUAGCCAACAAGAAGUAAAAUCCAUGUUUUCACCCCAAAAUUCUGUGGUGAUUCAUUUCCCUUCAAUAAAACCGUUCCUUUGGAGGACAAUAUCUGCUUGUUUUUCUAUCAUGGAACAUAAGAAAAACUCGUGUUCUUU